CCCAGUCGCUCGUUUCCGUCUUCCCAGUGCCUGUCAGCCAUUACUGCUCUGCUUGCCGGGUCUUGCAGGGUGUAACUGGUACAACUGACAUAGUUUCUGAAAAAUCGAAGAUCGUUCCUACGGAACUGGUAGUGUGUCAGCAUAUUCUUCCGAACUUUUGCCGAGAUGUAUAACAAUAGUUAUUCCAAUCAUGCCAGUUACAGACCCAGGGGAAGUAGAGAUACUAGUAGUCGAAAUGGAGGGGGAACAUAUUGGAACAGUCAGCAACAUACACAAAAGGAGAAGUCAAUUAAAAAGCAGGUUCAGAGAAGAACUCCCGGAGAUUCAUUGAAGAAACCUACUUGGGAUUUAGCCAAGUUACCAGUGAUCACAAAAAAUUUGUAUAUUCCACACGUCAAUGUUUUAAAACGAUCAACUGAUGAUGUUAACAAAUACCAUAUUGGUAAAGAAAUCACAGUAAAAGGAAACAAUACUCCCUCUCCAAUUCAAGCAUUCGAAGAAAGUAACUUCCCAGAUUAUGUGAUGGAAGAGAUAAGGAAGCAGGGUUUUGCUGAACCAACAGCAAUCCAGGCACAAGGCUGGCCAAUUGCACUCAGUGGACGUGACUUGGUUGGUAUUGCUCAAACAGGAUCUGGAAAAACUCUAGCUUAUAUUUUACCCGCAACUGUACACAUUAAUAGUCAACCACGUUUGAACCGGGGAGACGGUCCUAUCGUUCUGAUACUCGCACCAACAAGAGAGUUAGCUCAACAAAUUCAAACUGUUGCUAGGGACUUUGGUUCCUCCUCGUGCAUUCGUAAUACUUGCAUUUUCGGUGGUUCCCCGAAAGGGCCUCAAGCCCGCGAUUUAGAACGUGGUGUCGAGAUAUGUAUCGCUACUCCCGGUAGGUUGAUCGAUUUUCUCGAGAAGGGAACCACGAACUUGCGCAGAUGCACAUACCUCGUAUUGGAUGAGGCAGAUAGGAUGUUGGAUAUGGGAUUCGAACCGCAAAUUCGAAAGAUCAUUGAACAAAUUAGACCUGACAGGCAGGUGUUGAUGUGGUCUGCAACAUGGCCGAAAGAAGUACAAGCUUUAGCUGAAGAUUUUCUCUCAGAUUACAUUCAAAUUAACAUUGGUUCUCUAACGUUAGCCGCCAAUCACAAUAUUCGUCAGAUUGUAGAGAUUUGUCAAGAGCACGAAAAAGAAUCGAAACUGUCGAGCCUUCUUAGAGAAAUCGGCAAAGAUCGAGGUAGCAAGAUGAUUAUUUUUGUUGAGACGAAAAAGAAAGUAGAUGAUAUCACCAAAGCUAUCAAACGGGAGGGUUGGCCAGCUAUUUCUAUUCACGGUGACAAAUCACAACCUGAGAGAGACUACGUAUUAUCCGAGUUUAGAAACGGAAAGACGAUGAUCCUUGUUGCUACUGAUGUCGCUGCUCGUGGUUUGGACGUCGAAGAUGUGAAAUAUGUAAUUAAUUUCGAUUACCCAAACAGUUCCGAAGACUACAUUCACAGAAUAGGAAGAACUGGACGUUGCCAAAGUGCAGGCACGGCAUAUGCCUACUUUACACCUAAUAACGCUAGACAAGCGAAAGAACUGAUUUCUGUUUUAGAAGAAGCCGGUCAGGCGAUAAAUCCGCAGUUGACCGAUUUAGCAAAUUCGAUAAAACCCGCGUAUGGGAAGGGUCGUCAACGUUGGAGUCACUCUCGUUCUAAUAAGGACAGUAGCUCAACUGGAAGUCCGAGAAAUAAUAGCAGCCCAAUUUCGAGUAAUUGGCAAAGUCAACAUGUUCAGAACACACAGCACAUUAAUGCUAACAAUCAAGAGAGAUCUGUUGUACGCCAACAAAAUGGAUACCAGACCAGUCGCCAGAAUAGCUUCCAAUCUAAUUAUCAGCAGCAGCAGCAGCAACAUCAGCACCAGCAGCAACAACAACACCAACAACAUCAGCAGCAGCAGCAACAACAACACCAACAACAUCAGCAGCAGCAGCAACAACAUCAACAGCAACAACACCAGCGGCAAUCGAGUACCUAUACUAACGGCUGUCAAACUAGCAACAGUUAUCAAGCUAGCUAUCAAAAUGCAAAUAUACCUAGAUACCAUGGAAGAACAGCAAGUUUCCAGGGAAAUCGUUACCAUAGCCGUCAGAACGCUUAUAACACGAAUCAAACAGCCGGUGGACAAAACGUAUACUCUAUACCGCCUCCAUUCAUGAUGCCAUCUGCUGGUGGGCAUACUGAUUCUGGGAUGCAAAGCCUCGUUAACAACAAGUUUUUCCAGACGAAUCGUCCACCACCGAAUACCGGCGCCUGCGCUUAUCAAUCGAUGGGAUACAGUCAGUUCCAAGCUGUGCCGCCAUAUAGUUAUCCUUAUCCGCCCACACCGGUGCAGCAGUGACGCUUUGCAGGGUACAAGUCGGUAAGAGUGCAGGCUAAGUAAGAAAUCGAUUUUUCCUGUUUAUAUCUGGCCCACUAAAUAUUUACGGUUUGUGUAGACGGUUGGGUCUCUUUUGAAUAUAUAAGUAACAUAAUGUUUCUUCUUUUCUUUGUCAUUUAUUAUUUUUUCUGGAAUGGUGCCGAUUCAAUGCAUUGCGAAGGAAAAUCAUUUGAGUUUAUCGAUGAAAGAAAGAAAAAGGAAAUAGAGACAGAGCAGUGGAUAAUUUAUUAUUUUAUUGGAGAAU